AAAUACUGUAAGUGUUUGGUUUCUCUCUUUCACACACACUUGUACUUUUGUUUUGUGAUUACAUUGUAAGAAUGGAAGCAGAAAGAAAGGUAUCUGCAGAAAAUGAAGAAGAAAGAAGGUUCAAAAGAAUAUGCGUUUUCUGUGGUAGCAGAACUGGAUACAAGUCUGCAUUCAGUGAUGCAGCUCUUGAGCUUGGCAAAUUCAUGGUUGAGAGGAAAAUUGAUCUGGUUUAUGGAGGAGGAAGCUUAGGACUAAUGGGUUUGAUCUCUCAGACUGUGCUGAAUGGAGGUUGCCAUGUUCUUGGAGUGAUUCCAGAAACUCUAUUGCCUCGUGAGGUGUCCGGAGAGACCUUUGGAGAAGUGAAAAGAGUUGCAGACAUGCAUGAAAGGAAGUCAACCAUGUUUGAACAUGCAGAUGCAUUCAUAGCACUUCCUGGAGGCUAUGGAACCAUGGAAGAAGUGGUAGAAGUGAUAGCCUGGUCUCAACUGGGAAUACAUGACAAACCAGUGGGGUUGUUUAAUGUGGAAGGAUAUUUCAAUAGCUUGUUGAGGUUAUUUGAUAAGGGAGUGGAAGAUGGAUUCAUACAAAACUCUGCAAGCCAAAUUGUGCUCAUAGCAGACACAGCUCAAGAACUCAUCAAGAAAAUGGAGGAAGCAAAUAAAUCUUGAAGAGAGAAGCAAUUAUGAGAGUGGGGAAUCCUUAGGAUCCUAAAUCUUCAUCAUCAAUCAUUGUCAAAAAUAAAAUUGUAUGCAUAAUUCAGUUUAGUUCCUUUUUUGUGAGAAGAAAAUGACUGAAGAUCCUUUCAUGAGCAUAUCCAACAUAUAUGUCUAA